AUGGACACCCUCAGACUUCUCAAUCUCAAGGAUGCCGAGAUCGUCAAGGCGGUCAUCUAUGCCCUCUCCGGCCUAAUCAUCUGGGACUUCUUCAGCUCCCUCCGCUUCGAUCUUGACAUCCUGCGCGGACGUACUCGCCUCUCUUGGUCCCUCGCCGUCUACCUGCUGGCCAGGUAUGCUUCACUGCUCUUCGUGGGCGGAGUGAUUCCACAGGCGGAGAGUACGACCAAGGUGGACUGUCAAGCGGUAUGGAACGUGAUACUUUUGGCAACGACGUUUCAGAAAUGCUGGGGCCAAGCGCUCUUUAUCAUUCGAGCGUGCGCGAUCUGGUCUUGGAACCGCUUGGUUAUCUCCAGCCUCCUCAUCCUCUGGCUCUUGCACUGGGCCUUCUCCCUUGCCAACUUCCCCCUUGUUCGCAUGACGUGGAUAGACCACCCCAUCAUCCCAGGCUAUGGCUCUUGUCUGGCCUCGUCGUACCACUGGGCGAUCGGGGUCGCCUACAUCCUGACGUGGUGCACGGACGUGGCCGUCUUUGGAUUGGCGGCUUGGCGUUUGCUGAGACUUUCGCAUGCCGUGAGGAGCCCGUUCAGCAAGGUGCUGCUCAAUGAUGGAGUGGCAUGGUGCUGUCUCACCGUCGUCCCUACUACUGCUGCUAUUGUCAUGUUUUACGCGGGCAAAACUGUGCCCGCGCAAUCCAUCUGCCUCAUCAUCUCCUCGACCAUGCAUUCCCUCCUCGCAUGCAGAGCCUACCGCAAGCUGGCCGACUUCGCCGAUACUCUACCAGCAUCCUUCUGCCCGCGAGACGGAGUUGCCAAUGGGACGAUGCUUGACCCGGAUACGCUAGCGAGGCUGGCGUGGAUGUCGGGCAACUACGGCAAUGCUAGCGAGAGCGACGUUGGAACUCUGGAGAAGGAGCAGCAGCAGGCUCGUCCGCUCACGGAGGUGCUUACCAUGCCCCGAAACCCGAGGAGGGGGUUGUUCGCGCUGAGGCCUGAACGUGCUCAGCAGCAGCCAAGCCCGAGGACACAACGCCCUGACUACCCAGCAGUACCUCCUGGUGACGGCAUUGGUGUCGGCGUGCAGGUCAUGACUCAGAGCACCUCGCAUGAAGACCACAAUGUCGAGCUGCCCCUUCACACGCAGCGCAGGGAGACGAUGGUAAUGCCGUCCAAGGAGGCGCGUCAGGGGAGCAUUGCGACCUUGGACUCCUCAUGGAGCUCGCAUGGCUCCGGAGGAGGGAGCAGCAGUAGUGGAUCUGACUCGUGUGGUGGCAAGUCCUAG